AUGGUCUUCGGAUUUGGUUCGCAGUCCCCAUGGGAGAAGGCUGACACUUCCAUCGAGGAUCUCCUCGCUGCUUCACGCAAUUUAUACAAGACCGUGGAGCCGGACCCCUCAAACAUGGGCCUUGUCGGGGCUGGGUUCAUUGGCGGCAGAGCCGAGAGUGUCCGUCAGUGCGUCAACAAGUCGGACAAGGCGCUGAAGGCCUGCGGCGAAGCCGAAGACGGCGGCAAGAUGUUUGACGAGCACCUCGAAAGCGUCGUGAAGCGUGUCGAGGACAACCUCUGGCUUCUCCUGGACGGCCUCAAACGGAUUAGUGUCGUACAUUACCACCGGUUCUGCGAGCUGGGCAUGGGGUUACCCAGUGUGGUGAAAAUUGCGCUGGGAUGGAUCCAGUCGUCGACUACAGCAUGGCUGGCUACAUUGAAGGAGGUCAACAACAGUCCUGCACUCGAGGAGCGUAUUCAGGCCGUGACUGACAAGCUGGUGCCGGCGAUGGCGAAUGCAGUGGAAGUGUACAAGGGGAUUAAGGCAUAG